AAAAAGAUUUUUUCUUUUUUAUUAGUCUUAUUCAUUAUUAUAAUAAGUUUUGCACAUGCAUUUUAUAUUUUAUUAUCACCAAAAUCUAAAUUUUCACUUGAUCAAUAUAAUACAAAUAGUAAUGAUGAUCCAAAUAAUCCUUGGAAUUUAGCUCCUAGUUAUAGUCAAGUUGAUAAUAAUGGAAAUAUAAAUUCCAAUCCACUUAUGAUGAUUCAAAUUCCUGAUGGAAAUACAAACAUGUUUAUAGAUAUUAAAACUUCCCUUUUUGCUAUAUAUUUAUUUUUAAUAGGUGAUUCAAGUGCAUUAUCCAAUUGGACGUAUACAGAAAAUCCAUCAAUUUCAGUAUUGAUUGUUUUGUUUUCCCUUUUAGUUGUUGUAUAUCUUAUGAACUUGUUAAUUGGAUUACUCAAUAUAGCAAUUGAAGAAGAUAAUAAUAGAGUCUCAUAUUUGAUGCAAAAGGCAGAGAUUUUGGCUGAGAUUGAGUUAUUUUACCUAUUACCACAUCAGAAACGUUGGCAUACAUGGUUUCCUGAAGUAAUACAUUAUUAUGCCGAUGUUGAUAAAGCUCGAGUAGAAAUUAAAAGAUUGAUUAAAGAGGGUGAAUGGGAUACUAAGGAAUUCACAGAGUUGCGGAAAAAUUUAUUCGAAGUACUUCAAAUUGAAUAUAAUUCUAUUGACAAUGAGGCAAUAUUGGAGCAAUUAAAAAUUGACAAUGAGGUAAUAUUGGAGAAAUUAAAAUCUCAUGAGAAAUUAUUGAAAGAAAAUAAUAAUGAGUUGGAGAAAUUAAAAUCUCAUGAUGAAAAAUUAGAUAAAUUAGAUAAAUUAGAUAAAUUAGAUAAAUUAGAGGAAUUAGAGAAAUUAUUGAAAGAAAUACGCGCAAAAUAA